AUGUGUAGGCCCAAGUGGUUCAGCGGGAGAGUUAUUUCCGGGUCUCUGAGGAGAAAUCUUUGCGAUGCCGUCACCUCCAAGCGCCUGCUGGGUUACGUGAGAUCUUUCCAAGCAGCCUGCGGAGUGUCCGCGGCCGGGCGGGUCGGCAAUGCCCCCCUUCACGCCCUCUUCACCGCGGCGUCGGCCCUAGGGGACGAGGCCUUCUACACAGUGGCCCUGCCGCUCUGCGCUUGGGUGCUGGACCUCGAGCUGGGCCGCCGCCUCGCGUUCUUCUGGGCCUCCACUUACUACGCGGGCCAAGCGGCUAAGGACAAAACAAGUUGGGGAAAAAAAAAAAGUCCGAAUCAAAAAAGGAAUACUCCCACCGGGGUUCGAACCCGGGACCUCGGCUUUAUCAGAGCCGCGCUCUACCAACGGAGCUCUGGGAGCUGGUACGGCCUCCCAAGCACGCACACGAUGGGCUCGCUCAUCCCGUUGUUCCUCGUGGCUUGCCAUUCCCGGCGAGGAAGCGGCAGCGGAAGCAGCGGCUGCGACGGCAAUGACUGCUCCCUCCUCGAGGGCGGCGCCGCCGAUGUCGUCGGGGAUAGUAGCUAUCCGACCGCGGGGGUGUUGUUGUGGGCGUGCCUGGCUUGGAGCUCCGCCAUCGCGACCAGCAGGUUGUACAUGGGGGUGCACUCGAUUCCUGACGUGCUUGCGGGGUAUCUGUUAGGAGGCUUCCUUUUGACGUUCUGGCUCGCCUUCGGGGGCGCCGUGGACGCCUUCAUCGUGGGAAACCCCAUGGCUUGGUUGGUUGUCUUGGGCGGGGCGGGCGGGGCUAUCUUGGCCUACCCGUGCCCCAAAAAGUGGACGAACUCUUUCGGGGACACCGUAAUCAUCGUGGCCACGGCGGCGGGUUUCCUUGAGGCCUGCUGCCUUUUGCAUCGCGGCGGUAGGGGUGACGGCGGCGGCGGCGGCGGCACUGGUGACGUUACUCUCCAGGUCCUGCAAGGAGUUCACUUGCUCUCCUCCGGGCGAGCCGAAGGGUACGGGUGGGGCGCACUGCUCGGGGACGGGAGGCGGUGCGGCGUGGGGUUUUUAGUCCUCUUGCCAAUGAGGUCGGUGCUGAAGCUCGUGUCUAAAGGGGCGCUAUCAGCCGUGCUAGCCCGCAGCCCCAGCUGGCCCAAGGGGGAGACCCCGCGGAGGAAUUUGGUGGACAUCCCUUCCAAGGUCGUGGUGUACGGCUGCAUGGGGUUCAGUUCCUGCUACUUCGUGCCGAGCCUCUGGCUCUAUUUUGGGCUUGAGAAGGAGUAG